AAGCUCUGGGACUUUUAUUCUGUAUUGGAAGUGCAGCUGCGCCGCGGGGACCCGGAGCGGUGGGAGAUUCCGGGCGGCCUGUUCGCCAUUUUGUGCGCAGGACUGAGAGGCUCCUGGGGAUAGAAACAGCCAGACAGAAUGUGGGAUCAGGGUGGACAGCCCUGGCCGCAGUGGCCUCUGAGCCAGCAGCAGUGGAUGCAGUCGUUUCAGCAUCAGCAAGAUCCAGGUCAGGUGGACUGGGCCGCUCUAGCUCAGGCAUGGAUUGCUCAGAAGGAGUCAAGUGGUGGGGCAGUCGAGCCGCAGCCCAACGGACAGGACAUCCCCGGGCUGGACGCUCACAACAACCACUCAAACUUCCAGAAUCCAGAUUCCAACUUUGGGAGGAUGUGGCAACCAGACUGGGCGAUGCACGGGCAGCCGCCCCCGCCACCUGCAGAGCAGCCCUGGAUCCCUCCUGGGCCCGGGCCGAUGGAUGUCGUAAAUCCGUCUGAGGACAGUAACAGCCAGGACAGCGUGGAGUUCACAGCAGACCCACACCACGGGGUCUUCCCUCAGAACAGCCACGGCUUCGGGGGGCAGCCGGAACACUAUCCUGUUGCUACAAUGGGAGUCAACCAGUUUGAUUAUCAGCAUGGAGCAGCAGCCGGAGCGGCAGCAGCAACAGGAGGAACAUUCGGCCCACCAGGCGCUGGGUUCCAUCCUCCAUACUGGGGGCCUGACGGACCCCAAAACAGACGAGACAGACUUCCGGUUUCAGGUUUCAGGCCAGAGCGACCCAGAUCACCCAACCAACUGGGAAUUAAAGCACCAGAGGCUGCACCAACUCUUGAUGCUGUUAAACGGAGAACUCUGCCAGCGUGGAUUCGAGAAGGCCUGGAGAAGAUGGACCGAGAGAAGCAGAAGAAGCUGGAGAAGGAGAGGCUGGAGAAGCAGCGAGCAGAAAUGGCGAGCGAGGACAAGGAUAAUGAUAUGGUAGAGGAAGAGGGAGAGGGCCCUCGGGUGCCACGCAAGAGCAAAUUUGAUAGUGAUGACGACGAUGAGGAGGAGGAGGAGGAUGGUGAUGGUGAAGUUGAGGCUCAGGAGGAGCAUGUGCUGGUGAGACGGCUGGAGAACAGCAGCAGCAGAAACUCCUCUCCUGCCCGUGAGGAGCAGAGCGAACCGGAGAUGACUGAAGAGGAGAGAGAGUUUCAGCUGAUGCUCCUGACCAAAACACUCCUGACCGAAGUCCUCCUGGAGGUGACGAAUGAAGAGAUCCAGCAGGUGGCCAAAGAAACUCACCGCAAAGCCACCAAAGCUCCUGCAAAACAGCUGGCACAGUCCAGUGCACUGGCUUCUCUCACCGGCCUCGGAGGUCUGGGUGCGUAUGGUUCGGACAGUGAGGAGGACGAGCGCAGUGCCAGAGGCUCAGAGUCGUCCGACACAGACGAGGAGGAGCUCCGGCAUCGCAUCCGCCAAAAACAGGACGCCUUCCGUCGGAAAGAGCGCGAACUGCAGCAGCAGGAGAGACAGAUUCUGGAGACGCAUAUUAACACAGAAGCACCGAGCGGAGGCAGCAGGGAAAAGGAGACUUAUGAGCCUGAACAGUUAGAGCCCAAGCACAAACUGGAAGUGAGAGAUAGGGAGGCGGAGUCAGUGGCUGAGCGCCGCAGGUCGCGUAGCGAGGUGGAGGUCAGUGAGGUCAAAAGGUCAGGGUCAGGAAAGGAGGUGGGUCGCAGCGAGGAGAAAAGCGCUAACGGCUCCCCGAACGAACACCACAGCCGGUCUUCACGCUCCACCUCCUCUUCCUCCUCCAGCCAGUCCUCUUCCUCCUCCACGUCUUCAUCUUCACGUUCUUCCUCGCGCUCCUCUUCCUCUCCGCGGAGAAAAAGGAGGCGCAGCAGAUCAGCGUCCCGCGGCAACCGCAGACACAGCCAUUCGGAGCGUAGUAACCGAGAGAGGAGGCGGAGCAGCAGAGACAGAAGCUCUGCCCGGCACAGGAAACGCAGCCGAAGUCGCAGCCGCAGCCACUCCCGCCAGCGGCGCUCCAGCAGGGGGCGCAAGAGCAGGUCCAGGGAAAAGGCUAAGGCGGCUAGCCGCAGCUCCAGCAGGGACAGACGGCGCAGACGAAGCCGGAGUCGCAGCCGAAGGAGACAAAGGACGACCAGCAGGGACAGGGAGAGGAGGAAAGAGAGGAGCCAGAGCCGAGAGAAGGAGAGCAAGAAGAAAAAAGAGAAGGAGGUAGACAAGAAGAAGGAAAAGCAGAAGGGAAAGGAGAAGGAGAGGGAGAAGGAUAAGGAGAGGGAAAAGGUUAGAGAGAAAGAAAGAGAGAGAGAAAGCAGCUCGGUCAGAGAGGAGGAAAGCAAAUCUAAGAAAAGGGGAGAGAGCGAGCGCGCAGAGGAGAAAACAAUACGGCAGGACAACAGCAGCAGCAGGUCCAGUAAAAAAUCCUCGGCCAAAAGCAGCCGAAAACGUUCGGACUCCAGUUCCAGUAGAUCCCCAUCCCCAGAGCUUAGCAAAGCAAAGAAAUCCAAAAAAAAUAAACGUAGUCGAUCAAGGUCAACGGAAAAAUCUCACAAGUCUGGUAAGAAGGCAAGCCGCAAACACAAGUCUAAGUCACGAUCAAGGUCAAACUCUCCCAGUCGGCGUAGGCGCUGAGGCGCGCUGUUCCUGACCCGUAUACACUUAUUUUAAAAUUCCAUGAGUUUAACGGGCUUGUCUCGUUAUGGAGGCAACAUUGUAGGUGAACUCUACUCGCCCCCUCCCCUCUUUCCACCCCUUUCUCCACCCAACGCUCCCCCUUCUUCCCAAAGCUGCACACUGUAAAUAUGUGAUAUUUUUUAAGCUAUGUCUGCAAUACAGGACAUUUUGAAUUCUAGGUUUUUGUUGCCUUGUCAUUAUGCAAGACUCAGCAUUAGGUAGUUGACUAGGAUCUUGAAGCUGUUUAACGUUUUAAAGCCCUCCCACAAAUAGAGGGAAGGAAACUUACAUUUAAUGUAAAUUGUCUGAAUAAAACAUAUGAUUCUUUCUCUCCA